AUGAUCUACGCGAAACGCUCGCCGACGUUUUAUUCAUUGCCGCAUCGACGCGAUGGUGUUCGGCAGAAGGCUCGCAAAAGUGUUAGCUUUUGCGACGCGACGAGCCAGCAUCUCGUGCACCACGCCGCCGCCGACCGAAUGGCGAAUCGCGCCGACGACUACAUCGAAGCCGGUCCGUACGCCGGCAUGCAGGCGCACUUCGACGACGACGACGAUGACGAUGGCGACGACGAGAACAACUCGAAGUCGCUUCACGUGCCGCCGUUGUUCUCGUCGCGUCGCGUCUCGUCGCGAAAAUCGAUACGAUCGCAAUCCGAAGAGGAUUUUCGCUACACGUCCAUCAAAUCGUUGUGGUUCGAUUUUUGCGAGCGAACGAGCUCGCACGGAAUUCCGCACCUCGGCACUUGCUCAUUCUUCGGCCGAUGGGUCUGGUUGGCGGUCUUCAUGUGCGCGUUGAUGCUCUUCUUGAUUCAAACCUAUUGGACCAUGUCGGAAUACCUUCACUAUCGGACCAUCAUCGAAAUGCAGCUUCAAUUCGAAGCCGCCGCGUUUCCCGCCGCCACUGUGUGCAAUCUGAACGCGUUCAAAUAUAGCGAACUGAUUCAGUAUCAGGAGAUCAAAGAAGGCUUCGAUUAUUGGGAGCGUGUGAUCAACGCGAGAAUGAUGAGCGAGAGCCUUCGGAAAGACGGAAUCGAUGUGAUCAAUUUGAGAAAGAAGCGCGGCGGAAAAGACAAAAACGAGUUGGCGUUUCCGAUCGACGAGGAGGAGCUCGAAGGCGCCGAAUACCAGCCGGUGUUCGUUCGGUGCACAUGCAUGAACAUGGAGCAAUGUGUGCCGAAUCGGAAUCCGCUCGAAGUCAACUCGUCGAUAUGCAUGUGCUUCGAGGACGUGACGCGCGGUCUGAUUUGGCCGUGCUAUCCGACGACGGUGUGGACGGUGAAGAAGUGCAAAGAGUGCUCGAUAUCGAACACGUGUCCCGAUCCGGAUGGUCCCUACGCGAAUGAGUUGCGCGCCAACAGCUCGCCGACGAAACCGUGCCUGUGUCAAUCGAUAUCGCAUCAUUGUAUGGUGCAUCCGAAGGACGAAAUUCGAUGGUGGAAUCCCAACAAUUAUACGAUAUACUCGGUGACGGACCCGCCGACCACCGAGACAACGGAGACUGAAGAAGCUUUUGGGUAUACGGAUCUGAAAGACGCCGGCGCGAUCACCACACAAACCAAAGAGAACCUCAUCUUUCUUGUCGCCGCCCUGCCGAUGGACACUCGCCGAAAUUUGUCCUACACGCUGAAUGAGUUUGUCCUUCGAUGCUCCUUUAAUUCCAAAGAUUGUAAUAUGGAUAGGGACUUCAAAUUGCACAUCGAUCCCGAAUAUGGGAAUUGCUAUACGUUCAACUUCAAUGAUUCGGUGGAAUUGAAGAAUAGUCGCGCUGGUCCGAUGUACGGUCUUCGCCUUCUCCUCGACGUCCAUCAGAAUGAUUAUUUGCCGACGACAGAAGCCGCCGGCGUUCGAAUUGUCGUCCAUGAGCAAGAUCAGGAGCCGUUUCCCGACACGUUUGGCUAUAGUGCGCCGACGGGCUCGGUUUCCAGUUUUGGACUGAAAACUAAGGAAAUUCACCGACUAAGCGAGCCGUGGGGCAAUUGCAGUGACACAUACCGACCGGUGCCGUACAUUUACAAAGAGCAUUACUCGCCGGAGGGAUGCCAUCGCAAUUGUUUCCAGCUCAAAGUGCUUCAGACGUGCGGUUGCGGCGAUCCGAGAUUCCCGCUGCCUUCCGACGAAUAUCGCCAUUGUAGUGCGCGUUCUAAAACUGAUCGUCAAUGCUUGUCGAAUUUGACAAGUGAAGCCGGCGGCUAUCAUCAUCUUCAUGAGCAAUGCGAAUGUCGGCAGCCGUGCCACGAGAAAGUCUUCGAAACGGCUUAUUCGGCUGCUGCGUGGCCUAGUGUGAAUUUCAAAAUUGGAACCGAUUGUCCCGCGGUCAUCGAUAUUUUCAAUGACUCGGAAGCGUGUACCGAGUACUAUCGGCUGAACACCGCCUACAUUGAAAUUUAUUACGAGCAAUUGAAUUUCGAGUCGCUGAAAGAGACCGCUGGCUACACGCUUGUCAACUUGUUCUCCGACUUUGGCGGUAACAUUGGCUUAUGGAUCGGAUUCUCGGUCAUCACAUUUAUGGAAUUCGCCGAGCUUUUGUUUGAGAUUAUGUACUAUUUGGCGUACAUUAAACCGAUGCGAUUCCGACGCAAAAUGGUGAGAAAGAAGAAGGAGGAGCGAGCGGCGCGAUCGAUUCCGGCGUUGAUCAAUAAGCAUAUUUAUCAUAGGUCCCCUCGACGGGCCCAUGUGCAUCUUGAAGAGGACGAAUCGACGGAUAACGCGAUGAUCAAAUCGUUGCCGAUGGAUUGA